UGGCAACGUUGGGGUCUGCACUUCAAUUGAUCAUGGCAGCGCUGAAAACGCCGGCCGCCGCGGCCGCGGACGCCGCCGACGCAAUUCGCAAUGUGCUCAGUUUCUGCUGUGGAACAGACAACACGAAGGUGUACAUUCAAGACCUGGUGCGAGUCUUCGACAAACGAACCCUUGCGGACGAUUUGAAGGAGAUCAUUCAAGUGACGCACCCAAAGGCGCGCCAUUUGAACGGAUGGCAUUUGGAGCGUCUUGCGCUCGGGGAAUAUGGCGAUCAAACUCCACAGGACAUCCAUCGCGCGAUCAAGGAGAUCAAAAAGGACAUGGCUUCGUCCAGGGCGCUCAUUGCCGUCAUGCUGGAACGGGAAAAGGAAUGGAACGACCGACGUGAAGCUUUCACGAAGGCAAAGCGACAACAGCAAGCCGCGAUGGCAGAGGAACUCACGAUUGCCAAAGAAAUCGUACACAAGAUGCAUGUCGUGGGGGAACUCGAGUCGCCUGAGGAAGCAUUGGCGGCAAUCCUGGCCCAACCCGCACCAGUGGAAGCUCGCCUGCUCGAAUCAGCGACUGCGCAUCAUUCCUCCACCGGUGCAUCCUCGACGACCGGACCAGUCGACGACCAAGUGGACGCAAGGAAUGUGAUAGACCUGAGCCAUACACCAUCCAUUUAAUCCAACUGUGUCGUGCCAAGCGAUGCCGCACGCCCAGCUCCUCGUUGGCAUCAUCGGCAUGCCGCAACUAUCCUUCAUGGA